GAGCCGCUGUUGAAAAGGGCACCCCGAACCACCACAGAUUUGCGAUCGCUAAUCAGCUUACUGAAAUACCGCUCUUUCCGCAGAUCACAUCGGUAGUAGUUCCACGCGUCGAGUUCGUGUAUAUUAAAUUUAUUUUCGUCGUUAAAGUAUCUGGUUCUGCUUCAAAUGCUAUACCACAGUGUAAUACGACCUAUUACCCGUUGUAUGGUUAUCUUACGCGUGCUGAUAUUGAUCUCACGAAAGGCAUCAAUUCUGGAUUUCCCACUAUCGGUAAGCAAAUUCCAUCGCGCCACAGUCGUGUGGAUAGUAGUGGUAUCCGAUUUUACGUCACCGAUCAACUACGACCGUAUGAUGCGGGUGUGAUGGAAUUAGGACUGGUAUAUUCUGCACGCAGCGCCAUUCCUCCGGGCCAGUCUCGUUUCGACCUACGAGGCUACUGUGACGGUCAGUGUACGCGGCUGAGCUUCCCCCCGGAAGGUAUAGUGGUAUUCGCUUCGCAAUUACAUACACAUCAAACAGGUACGAAAGUGGUCACGUAUCACAUGCGUGGGUCUGAACGACUGAAGGAUUUGCAUCGGGACAAUCACUAUUCGCCGCAUUUUCAAGAAAUCCGUCUGAUAGAUGAACUGACUCGUGUCAAACCAGGUGAUACCUUGAUCACACAAUGCACACAUGAUACAACCAAGAAAACUCACGUUCUGUUUGGAGGAUUGAGCAAGGUGAAUGAAAUGUGUCUGAACUACAUCUUCUACUAUCCGAAAACGGAGUUGGAACUGUGCAAGUCGGAACUCAUCACACCUAAUAGUAUGAGAAAAAUAAUUUUUCAUUUCACUUUUAUUUUCACUUCCUUUUAUUUAGUAUACAAGGGUGUAAUUUUCAGGAAGAGGGAAGCGACCAAUCAAGUGGCUGUCAUACAACACACACAAAUGGGGAAAGUCAGGUGGUGGUGGUGGUGGUGGUGGGAGUCGAACACACGCCCUCCGGGGUGA